AACAGUUGCACCGUUGUUGCGUCAUGUGAGUAACUUCGACAAUUUUUUAAAUAUUAGUAGCUAAGCUGCUUAUAAAUUAUCGUUUUUAACACUCAAUUUUGAUUACUCGCCCAUUGGAAUCGAGCAAAUCGUCCGUAAGAAAAGUUUAAACUCUUUUCUUUUUCGUAUGACAGAUAAUACGAGUGAAUAAGUGAAUUCAACAAAAUGAUGCUAGCUAGAGUUUGUCGAGCCGGCCUCUCGCCGACUUUAGUGAGUCUUAUAAAAACUCCUGUUGUUCCCAAACCAAUGUUAACAAAAAUUCAACCUUCGAGAUUGUUCGCCAAUGAUGGACGUACCGCUUUUACGAGAACCGCACGUAGAAACCAAACUAUUGCGGAAAAAUUGACGAAACCAACUACCGAGACACCAUUUAACGUUGGAAAAGUUGUACUUGCUGGUGCUUCCGCAUUUGGAUUGGGUUCCCUUUGCUACUAUGGAUUGGGACUCGAUAGCAAGGCAGGAGCCAUAGAUCAAGUCCACUUUUGGCCCCAAUACGUAAGAGACAGGAUUAGAACGACUUACAUGUAUUUUGGUGGAUCCGUCCUUAUUACAGCGGCAUCCGCUGUUUUAUGUUUACGAUCCCCAGCAGUAAUGAAUUUGGUAACUCGUCAAGGAUGGCUCGCUGUUAUCGGCACAAUGAUUGCAAUGAUCGGUAGCGGUAUAGUGGCACAAAGUAUCCCUUAUAAGGAAGGCUUGGGUAUGAAACAACUAGCAUGGAUGGUUCAUACCGGUGUAAUCGGUGCUGUCAUCGCACCGAUAUGCUUCUUGGGUGGCCCGUUGUUAACGAGAGCCGCUUUGUACACCUCUGGCAUAAUCGGUGGAUUAUCGACGGUAGCAAUGUGUGCACCUAGCGAUAAAUUCUUAAAGAUGGCAGGACCUCUUUCUAUCGGUUUGGGAGUUGUAUUUGUUAGUUCGUUAGGAACGCUUUUCCUACCACCUACUACUGCUUUGGGUGCUAGUCUUUAUUCUCUAUCUAUAUACGGCGGAUUAAUACUUUUCUCGAUGUUCCUCUUAUACGACACUCAGCAUAUUAUAAAGAAUGCACAAGUACACCCUGUGCACCACGAUGAGAGUAUAAGACCGUACGAUCCAAUAAAAAAUGCUAUUUCUAUUUAUCUGGACACGCUGAAUAUCUUUUUGAGAGUCUUGACGUUGCUGUCGAGCGGUGGAUCCAAUAGGCGAAAAUAAAUUCCCUAACGAUAAUCUUCCUAUACUUUAAUUAAAUUUUUUCAGUAUCUGAUAUAACAUCACAUCUACGAUGCAUAAUAUUAAAAUACUUAAUUAAAUAAUAACACUGAUAUGCUUUAUUUAAACGAAGCAUUGUUAUCUAGAUGCGAUAACUAUUUUGUAGUUUCUAAUUUGUUGAUUCAAAUAAAUAAAUAAAUAAAUUAAUAUUAAAAAUA